UUUUAAUAAAGUAUACUUAGUAAUUAUUUUUUUUGUUAAUUUAUCUUGAUUAAGUCGUAGGACUUAUAAAUAAAUCCUUUAUAAGAUAAUCUCUCGGAUUGUAGGAGCUGUUUUUCUGUCUGUAGUUGUAAGUUUCCAUGGAAAGGUCGAAAAAGAAGGUCCAGCUGUGGAAGAAAGCUGUUUUUCAUUUCUUAUUGUGUUUUGUCAUGGGAUUCUUCACCGGCAUUGCUCCAAUGGGGAAGUCCUCAAUGCAUGUGUUUUCCAAUCGUGGUAUGACACCGGAAGUUUCACCAGAGCCAGUGGAAAUGUCGGUUCAGAAGUUAAAUGAAAGUUCUUUCGCGCAAACCUCAGUGGAAGUGGCCUUGCCAAUGCAUUUUGAUCAAGAAGUAGCAGAGGAAGACCAGGAAAAAACUGAGAGUGACACGAGUCCUGAAAGGCUAAUUAUCAUUGUGACGCCAACAAGUGCCAAGGAUCAGCUGCGGGAGCUUCUUUUGAGUAAGCUGGCAAAUACAUUGAAGUUGGUUCCUCCACCACUGUUGUGGAUUGUUGUUGAGCAACAAUCUGAAUCUUCUCAGGUGUCAGAGGUUUUAAGGAAAACGGGUGUAAUGUAUAGGCAUUUAGUGUUCGCGGAGAACUUCAAUAAUUUAGAAGCUGAAAUGGAUUAUCAGAAGAAUGUCGCGCUGAAUCACAUGGAGCACCAUAAGCUGAGUGGUAUUGUUCAUUUUGCUGGACUAUCUAAUGUCUAUGAUCUCAGCUUCUUCAGCGAGAUCAGAAAAAUUGAGGUUUUCGGAACUUGGCCAAUGGCACUGGUAUCGGCUAAUAGGAAAAGGGUGACAAUUGAAGGACCUGUAUGCAAUUCUGCUGAAGUUAUAGGAUGGCAUUUGAAAAGGAAGAACAAUAAUAAUGCGACAGAAGAAGAUACAAAAUCUCCGCUUCACAUUUCUAGCUUUGCAUUCAACAGCUCCAUCCUCUGGGAUCCAGAGAGAUGGGGUCGCCCUUCUUCAGUUCAAGACACGUCACAGAACUCCAUAAAAUUCGUGGAGAAAGAGGUUCUUGAAGGGGAAACUGAUCUGAAAGGUAUUCCAGCAGAGGGUUGCUCCAGAAUCAUGCUCUGGAAUCUUCAUGUGCCAAUAAAACCAAUGGGGGAUUAACAUCUCAAUAAGCAUGCAACAUCAAGUAAUCAACAUGCACAGGCUUAGCUAAUGUUUGAUAUAUCUAGAAGAUGUCAAGGCCGGGUUAACGAGAUGACAACUGAGGAGACACUCAAGCCAAGUGUUUCGAAUUUUUCUUCCAUCUUCCUGUUAUUUAUAAAUUUGGCUACAAAAUAGCAGGAGAUGGCAUAUUACUAGUACACUGGCACUUCUCAGUGCACCUCAUCAAGCUGAGAACAUAGAAAACCAGACCACAAGAAAAAGACUUCUCCAGAUAGUUUCUUUUUUUUACUAUCAGCAAAUUCAUUAUUGCAAGAAAAGAAUUAUUUGCUAGCAAUUUCUUUAUUUUUUUCGUUCUUUUGAAUAAAAUUUCACUUAAUUGACGGGGA